UGUGGGUUGCUAUGGUGACAUGUUAAGGCCUAUCUGACUGUAUUGAAGCCUCGGAAUGCCGGGAGAGUUUCCGUGGCCUGACGGCCUCCCCCGGCUGGAGUCCAUUAAGAGCCGGGUGCUGGUUGCGGUUGUAUUCUGUAACCGGAGCUCCCGGACCGUGCAGCCCAUCUGGGUGAACUUCCAGGGGGAGCCGCAGCCCUACCCGGCGCUUCCCCCGGGCACCGGCCGCAGGAUGAACACCUACCUGGGUCACAUUUGGCUGUUUCGUGAAGUUGGCACAGACCUGGCGCUGACCGCCAACAAGAGCGAGAUCUACACAGCAACCGCGAGCAGGAACGGACAGCCGGCCAUUGUCAAUAUCUGCCUGCCAGUCUACAGCUUGAAAGAUUGCUGCCUUCAGGUGAUCCGGAGCCUGGUGAAGCCAGAAGAUUACAGGAAGCUGGAUAUUGUAGCCACCCUGUAUGACGACCUAGACGACCGGCCGAAUGUCCAGAAGGAUCUGCGCCGCAUGGCCAUCCAGUUCUGGAACCAAACGAGGCCACAAGACCCCUAAUCUGCUGGUAGAUGGAGGGGUUCAUGAAGUUGGAUGGAGGUGACGAGGGCGACAUUUCUUCUACAUUCUUCCUUCUCUGCUCCGCUCCUGAGACCCAGAGUGUCGAGCAGACUCGUCAGGAGCGGGGCAGCGCCCGUAAUGUACAGCAGCAUGCGCCCGCAGCGCGUUACAUGCGGGUAUCCCAGUGAAAAAUUCACAGCUUGAUACAGUGCCAGCAAAGGUAGAUGAGAUUGUAACGAAUCCGAUCCACACGCUGCGGAAAGUGUCACGUGGAGCCGAUUUGCCGGUCAGUAGAUUUCACACGCAUGGCUUUUGCUGCUGAUUUGCCCUGAAUUCGGAGCCCAAUCGCAGUAAAAGUAUCUGUGCUGGAAUCCCAAGUCAUUUAACCCUUUCAAUGUCACCAUCAAUGGCAUUUUCAGGGAUUGGCUGAAGGGGAGCUCCCCUUUGAAUGCGUCACUUAUUAUGUUAUAAUAAAAAAUAAUAAUAAGUAAU